AUGACAAUGUCCACCCUACCAAAUGCUAGCUUGAGCUUCUCUACAUUCCUGCUGAUGGGCUUCCCAGGCCUGGAGUGGGCUCACCACUGGAACUCACUGCCGAUUUUUGUAGGAUACUUCUUGGCCCUCCUAGGUAAUGACACUAUCUUGCAUCUGAUACGAACUAACCCUUCCCUCCACCAGCCAAUGUACUAUUUACUGGCCAUCCUGUCUGUGACAGACUUGGGCCUGUUCAUGUCCACGCUGCCCUCCGUGUUAGGUGUGCUGUGGUUUGAUGCCCAGACAGUAGGCCUGGUACCCUGUGUUCUGCAGCAGCACUUCCUCCACUCCUUCUCUUUCAUGGAGUCAGCUGUGCUCUUUGCUAUGGCUUUGGACCACCUUGUGGCCAUCCGUUUCCCACUGUAUUACGCAUCUGUGCUCACAGGCCCUCGUGUGGCAUUAGUUGGGGUUGUGCUGGGCAUGUGGAGUGCCACCAUUACUACUGCACCCUCGUUGCACCUAUUAAAAUUUGAUUACUGUCACCCAGGGGCAUUCUCCCAUGCCUACUGCCUUCACCAGGAUAUGAUCCGCCUAGCCUGGUCUGACACCUGCUUCAGCAGGCUCUAUGGGCUGUGCAUCAUCAUGCUGGCCAUGGGGUCUGAUCUUCUCUUCAUCCUGCUCUCCUAUACUAUCAUCCUCCGCACAGUUCUGACCAUUGCCUCCGUAGGGGAGAGGUUCAAAGCCCGCAGUACGUGCAUCUCCCACAUCCUGGCAGUGCUCUGCUUCUAUGUGCCAGUGCUAGGCCUACCCAUCGCCCACAGAUUUGGGCGCAACACCUCGCCGGUACACAUCUUCAUGGGCACCGUCUCUGUGCUCUUCCCACCCCUAAUGAACCCUGUCGUUUACAGCAUCAAGACCCGGCAGAUCCGCCGAGCCAUCCUCAAGCUGGUUUCACUGGGGAAGAUACAAUGA